AUGUUUGGUAGCAUCAAGGACAUCACCAUAGGACCUACAGCACUAAUGGCUUUGAUGACAUACCAGCAAGUGAUAGACAGAAAUGUAGAUUACGCUAUUCUCCUCUGUUUUCUGUCAGGCAUAGUUCAGAUAGUGAUGGCAGUUUUACAUCUAGGUGUUCUCAUAGAUUUUAUAUCUAUACCGGUGACGGUUGGUUUUACAUCAGCAACAUCUGUGAUAAUAGGUACAUCUCAGUUGAAAAGCCUUCUCGGAUUGAAAAUAAAAGCAUCUACUUUCUUGGAAACUAUUACUGAAGUUUCACAUAAAAUUCAUGAAACUAGAAUGGCUGAUCUCGGCCUGGGUGUGUCUUGCAUAGUAGUGCUGAUGUCAUUAAGAAAAUUGAAGGACGUUCGUCUGCACAAGAAAAACACAAAGCUCACAAAAAAUCAAAGCAUCCUCAAAUAUACCCUGUGGCUGACUUCGACUUCAAGAAAUGCCAUUGUUGUGAUCUUCUGCAGUUUUUUGGCUUACUUAUAUGAAUCCAGGGGUAUAGGUUCUCCAUUCCUGGUAACUGGUCAAGUGAAACCGGGUCUGCCCGAAUUCAAACCACCUCCUUUCCAGACAAGUUUGAACAAUCACACUGUAUCUUUUGGUGGUAUGAUCUCGGAUUUAGGAAGUUCGAUUGUAUUGGUUCCCGUCAUCGCUGUUUUAGGAAAUGUCGCGAUAGCUAAAGCUUUUGCUAGUGGUUCCACAAUCGACGCCACUCAAGAACUAUUAACUCUGUCAUUGUGCAACAUAUUUGGUUCCUUUUUUUCUUCGAUGCCUAUCACUGGAUCCUUUUCGAGAUCUGCAGUGAAUCAUGCCAGUGGCGUCCAAACUCCCUUUGGGGGAAUUACUCACGAUGGAAAAGAAUAUAUCAUGAUCACGCCAGAAAACAGUUUGUAUUUUCCAUCUAUCGAUUUCAUAAAAACAAACGUAGGAAAAGCAGGAGAAACUUCCAAACACCUUCCAGUCGUCAUAGACUGUAGAUAUAUAUUAGGUGCAGAUUUUACAGCAGCCAAAGGGAUUUCAUCUCUAAUAAAUGAAUUUAUAAUGAGAAAACAGCCGUUGUUCUUCUUGAAUGUGAGAAAAGAAGUGGUGUCGAUAUUUCAAGAAAUUAUUCGAGAAGAUUUCAAGUAUUUCAAUUCCAAAGAGGAAUUAGAGAAGAUUAUUGAAGAUCUGUGCAGUGUUGACUGCGAAUUAGAAAAUCUACUUGACCCUGAUAAUGCAGAUCUACACAGGCGAAACUUCGAUUCAAAAGAAGAAACAAAUAAUUUUGUAGUGUAAUUUAAAAUCAUUCGUAUUUGAAAAUGGUAUUUAUUGUUUGAAUGUCAAGUACAAAAAUUAAAAUAUAUUUUGUAA